UUACUACACUCUGAUCUGACCUAUCAGAUGUUUCCUGAUGAGUCAGGUUCCAGCUUUAAAUGAGCUGAAGGAGUUGUUAGAGAAGCAUUCGGCGAGUCUUCGCAGAGAGCAAGGACGACAGAAACAAAGAUGAAGCGACUCGGCGCACUCGUCUGUCUGGGUUUGAUUUGUGUGGCUUCAACUCUGGUGCAGACAGUCCAGUUGAGCCCAGUGAAGGAAGGCUCCAGCUCAUCCCCAGCAACCAUCUCCAAGGUCCCAGAAGAUGUCAAACUGUAUCCCAGCCUGAGGGACAAUCUGGCUGAAUGUCUGCAGGACAACGACUAUAACGAGCUGCUGCAGACUAUUAAAACUGGUCUUCCAAAAAUAAAUACAACCCAUCAUGUUGUUAUUGUCGGAGCCGGCAUUGCUGGACUGACGGCUGCCAAGUUACUGCAAGACGCAGGACACAAGGUAACCAUAUUAGAGUCUAGUGGUCGUGUUGGAGGACGAGUGGAGACCUACAGGAAUGAAGAAGAGGGCUGGUAUGCAGAACUGGGAGCCAUGAGGAUCCCAAGUGCUCACCAAAUCGUCCACUGGUUUGUUGAAACACUGAACGUCACACUGAAUAAAUUCACAAUGGAUGACCCCAACACCUUUUACUUGGUUAAUGGGUUGUUGAAGAAGACAAGCACAGUGCAAAAUAACCCUGAUGUUCUGAAGUACGACGUGUGGCAAAGUGAGAAAGGGAUGUCAGCCGAUGAGCUGCUACAAAAAGCUUUGCAGAAGGUGAAAGAUGAAGUGGUUGAUAAUGGCUGCUUGUCUGCGCUGAAAAAAUAUGAUCGUUAUUCUGUGAAGGACUAUCUAGAAGAAGAAGGAAAUCUGAGUUCAGAAGCGAUAAGGAUGAUUGGAGACCUUCUUAACCAACGGAGCCUAAUGUACACAUCACUAACUGAGAUGGUCUAUAGCCAGAGUAACAUCAAUGACAACACUAAUUACACAGAAGUGACUGGUGGGUCGGACCUUCUCAUCAAAGCUUUUCUUAAUGUCCUCGAGGGCCCUAUUCUCCUCAACUCUAAAGUCAAACGUAUCAACCAAUCAGAUACAAGUGUGAAUGUAUCGUAUCAGACAGGCCAGGAGUCCUCUUUGACAGAUCUUUCCGCUGACAUUGUCCUGGUAACAACCACAGCCAAAGCAGCCCUCUUCAUUGACUUUCAUCCACCUCUCUCCCCCAAAAAGAUGGAGGCACUGAGGGCAGUCCACUAUGACAGCUCCACUAAAAUCAUCCUCACCUUCAGCGAGAAGUUCUGGGAGAAGGACGGCAUCCGAGGAGGAAAGAGCAUCACCGAUGGGCCAUCCCGUUUCAUCUACUACCCCAGCCACAGUUUCCCAACCAAUAAGACCAUUGGCGUCCUCCUUGCCUCCUACACCUGGUCUGACGAUUCCCUCCUCUUCUUAGGUGCGAGCGAUGAAGACCUGAAAGAGCUGGCUCUGAGAGAUUUGGCAAAGAUCCACGGUGAGUCUAACUGCACAGGGGUGGUGGUGAAGAGGUGGAGCGCGGAUCCUCACAGCUUGGGUGCCUUUGCUCUCUUCACACCAUACCAACAUUUAGAGUACUCUAAAGAGCUCUUCAGAAGUGAAGGCAGGGUGCACUUUGCUGGUGAACACACAGCCGUCCCUCACGCUUGGAUCGAGACAUCUAUGAAAUCUGCGAUCAGGGCUGCUUCCAACAUUACCAAAGAGUCAGCUACAACUCAAUAG